AUGUCUGUAGUUGUUAGGGUGGUUGUGCGUAAUGGUUCAUAUGCUGCUCGUGGUCCGUACAAAAAUCGUAACAGCUGCAUGGCUUUUCCUCAUGUGAGUUAUCGCGUCUACAGUUCCUCUACUUCGGGGGCCCUUCGUCCCUCGUGUAGGGUGCUGCGCCCCCAAACGAUUAAACCAAAUCCGGCGCAUACCCCUAGUGGGAAGUUUGACCGUAGCUUUGAGAAACUUAGCAGCGAAAUAGAGAAUCGCAUGCCUUUUCGACAACAACAGAUAUUAUUUGGUAGCAAAUACGACCGCAACUUUGGUGAAGAGAGUCAGGAUGAAUUGAAGAAGGCAGCACAGGACGAUCUGUUCGGGCGUGAACCCGAACGCGCAGCGGCUCGGCAAGCACGCAGUUAUUUUACGGGUGAUGAUCUCUCCCCAACGGCUCUUCAUGUCAAGUCCCCGCGGCUGAAGGUUUCACAACUGCAACAUCGGCAGAAUUACGAUAAAAAUAUACUCAAGACAUCAAAGGAAGCUGAUGAUUACUACUAUCGGCGAGAGACACCGUCGGAGCGAGGGGCCCGCCGCCGUGUUUUGUACAGUGUUGCUUCAGUUGUUGGCAUUGGCGCAUGCUGGGGGACCUACUGCCUGUGUCAGUACAUGUUAGAGUAG